AUCUUUUUCCCUCUCCUUCAUUAGCGUCGCCCUCAAGCAGGCUUUUCUAAAGUAACGACUACACCCAAUCCAAAUAAAUUGGGAUUAGUUAUAUGAAUUUUUAGGGGUUCAUUUAAGUCCAAAUUUUAUAUUAUUAUCAUAUCAAUAGAAUAAAAAUAAAAUAAAAAUCAAACCCUAUAUAGAUGAUAGUCCAAAUUGAAUAAAUUUUCAGUUGGGGAGUAGUAGUGUUUAGUUUAACAAACAAAUCAGAGAGAACAAAUCAGUGUGUUUGAAGACGCAAACAAUGGCAGUAGCAGCCGAUCUGAUUGAUUUCUUGAACGCUUCUCCUACAGCUUUUCAUGCAGUUGAGGAAGCAAAGAAGAGGCUUAAAAGUGCAGGUUAUGUACAAAUAUUUGAGAGAGAGGACUGGGAUUUGAAAGCUGGGAACAAGUAUUUCUUCACUAGGAACCACUCUACUAUUGUUGCUUUUGCUCUCGGUAAAAAAUACGUUGCUGGAAAUGGAUUUUACAUAAUCGGUGCUCAUACAGAUAGUCCUUGUCUGAAGCUGAAGCCAGUUUCUAAGGUAACUAAAAGUGGAUUUCUGGAAGUGGGCGUACAAACGUAUGGGGGUGGUCUGUGGCAUACUUGGUUUGAUCGUGAUUUGACAGUUGCGGGAAGGAUGAUUAUAAGGAGUAGGAAAGAUGGUUCUGAAUCCUACUUGCACAAGCUUGUGAGACUUGAGGAGCCCAUAAUGCGAAUUCCAACUUUGGCAAUUCACUUAGAAAGAGGUACGAAUGAUGGAUUUAAGGUGAACACGCAGACCCAUCUUCUACCAGUAUUGGCUACAUCAAUUAAG